AUGCAUGGUUAUUUGAGCUCGGAUACCUUUGUGGAUGCACCUUUCUUGGCCAUUGCGUUAGUUCGUGAUGCAGGACGUUACCUUCGAACGAUCAUCGGUCCUGAUAUGAUCAUCUCUCCACAGCAACCGUGGCGGUAUCAGUGCGACAAGUUGAGGAUUCGAGUUGUUCAUUUCUCUACUAUCCCGUGCCUCCAAGUCAAUAUUUCGAGAACCGGCAUACUAGGCAGCUUACAGCCCCCCCUGGAACGACUGCUAUUGAACCCGGGUAUCGCCAGCGUGUCAUUGAUGCUACAAGGACUGGCACUGUAUCUUCAAGUACAUUUCCUCCCACCCCUACCGUUACGGUCAACUCAGAUUCUCACCUUCCUUAUCAUGAAGAUUCUGUCCUGGGAAGUACCACGAGAAGCAGAUAAGAUCGGAGUUCGAGGUUUGGACGGCCUUCGUGAAUCUGAUUUUCCAAAAUGA